AUGAGCGAAGACAUUUCCUCCUCUUUUGAGAGUUCUCUUUCUGCAUUUUCUACUAGCUCAUUGGACUCUAUGGUGGAGAUCAAACACACUGAUUCUGUUCUCGGAUCUUCUGCCAGAGCCCAGCCCUUGGAGGAUAGGUACCGCUUGGUAUAUUCAAAGAGUAAGGUGUAUGUUAAUCCGACGGCGUAUGCGAGGGAUAACAUUCCCGGCUUUGUGGCCCUUGUGAAACGAGAGGCCUUCAACCCGACAUAUCUUCUCGCCUGGAUUCCGGAGACACUGUUGAAUGAAAAGGGGACCGAAGAAUGGGAUAAGUUCGUCAAGAUUGAGGAAAAGGCCCCAAUUGACGACGAAGAUGACGAUGUCGUCCUCAUCGACCUCCCAACACAGCGACCCGAGUCCUAUGCAUUCUCCGUUCCCUUGACGUCAAUAUAUUCCUUGGUACUCUACCCACCAUCCUUCUCGUCAUGGCAUGGCUCCGUUGGAAUCAACCUCAUCAACGGUGACACACUUCCUACCUUGUACUUUCAUGACGAUGAAUCACGUUCUUUCGCCGUACCAGUCCCUCAACCCCAGCGGAAGCAAAACAGUGUCACAUCCUAUCCACCUCCACCAUCGCCUUCCGUAGCUUUGAAAUCGCCUAAACCCAAUUCAUGGGGCGGCGAGGACCUCCUAACCCGGCUACGUUCAUUCGCCCAUGUUUUACGAUCUACCCUGCAACCUUCGCUAUUCCUCAUUGACCCUUCUCGAGCGGACAUUGAAGCACAUUCUACCCAACUAUUCGAUGACGAUGCUGUAGACGAUAUCUUGGCCCAGUCUUCAUAUGUAGACUCUCAUUCUCCCGUUCCAGCUCACCGACGCCCUCGACCACUUUCGAUGGCAUCACCGAAUCCCUACUCGAACCGUUUAUCUGUUCUUCAUCGUUCACUGGCACCCCCAGCCACGAAUACGAACGGACAGGCAACCUCCCAGGCUCGUGUUGCGCUUCUUCAAUCUUUCUCCAACAUCACCCGAGCUACGCGCCAUGCCGCACAGAAUAUUCUCUCCCAUCCUCUCGCAAAGCCCAUAGUACCCCAUCUACCCGACCCUGUCAAGAGUCUCGUAAACGCGAACGGAGAAUGGGAAUGGGGAAGCUGGGUCGAGAAAGGAGGCGUAGGUGAAUUCGAGAGUGCUAGGGUCUAUCUAGCGCGUUGGGCCAGGAUUGUCGCAGAGGAAGGCGAGCGUGCUCGACGGCGUGAAGCAGAGGCACUUCCGUCAUCGUCUAAUUUGGCCGAAGAAUCCUCCUCGUUAGGCAUUUUUGAGUUGCUCCAUUCAACGUCGAAUCUGCCGACACCCAAGACGUCCCGGAAUCCUAAUCAUCCUGUCAACGAGCUUAUGUGGUCUCAGUGGUUUGCGGAGGAUGGCCGGCCGACCGUUCGUAUAGAACAUAUGAGACGAGAAAUAUUCCGGCGAGGUAUUUCGGCUCGUGGGACGCUGAGGCAGCGAAUAUGGCCCUUCCUACUCGGUGUUUUUGAUUGGGACGUGACGUCCGGGGAACGAACCAAGAACUGGGAGACAAAGAGGAAACAGUACCAGGACAUAAAGGACGAGUGGUGCGGUGUUCCGGAUGUAUUCGACAGACCAGACGUUCUGGAGGUGACUGUUACCGACUUUAUGCCUAUGGCAUUCAAUGCUCAAAGUCAUUUCCAGGAACGCCACAGGAUCGAUGUGGACUGUCGACGAACUGACCGGAAUCAACCCUUGUUCUCGACGCCGCCGACCACAUCAUCGUCUACGCCGACUCCAGGUGAAGACGAUGAGAAGGAGAGGGCAAAGCGGUAUUCCACAAUUUCACCAAGCAUGAAUGAUAUUGGAGCACAAUCGCCCAGCAAUGAACAUAUAGACCGGCUUGCCGCCAUUCUCCUUACGUACAAUUUCUAUGAAAAGGAGCUCGGGUACGUGCAAGGAAUGUCCGACCUCUGUGCGCCGGUCUAUGUCGUGAUGGAUGCCGACGAAGAGUUGACAUUUUGGUGCUUUGUUGAGUUCAUGCAGCGGAUGAAACAAAACUUCCUUCGCGAUCAGAGCGGCAUGAAGAAGCAGCUCUUGACUUUGCAGCAACUCAUUGGCAUGAUGGAUCCAGAACUUUAUCGUCAUCUCGAAAACACCGACGGCUUGAAUCUGUUCUUCUGUUUUCGCUGGGUUCUCAUUGCAUUUAAGAGGGAAUUUCCCUUUGAUGACGUUUUGCGCUUGUGGGAAGUCUUAUGGACCGACUACUACAGCAAUGACUUUGUUUUAUUUGUCGCGUUGGCUGUCUUGGAGUCUCACCGAGACAUGAUUUUGCGGUAUUUGGUAGAGUUUGAUGAAAUUCUCAAGUACUGCAACGAACUGAGCAUGACCAUCGAACUAGACACGACACUGGCACAAGCCGAAGUACUCUUCCUAUCUUUUGCGCAGCUCGUAGCAGACAUAGACAGACGGCAAGCAGAGGAAGCAUAUUCUUCCCCGAAUCAAACGGGUCUUCGGAACCGUGGAUCCAAUGAAGUGCGGGUUGCGAAUCUGCCAGAAUUAUCGAGCAAUUUGAGAGAACUACUACAGGCAGGACGAGCAUAG